AAAAGAAUUGCAAAACUAAUACGUAUUACUCAAAACUUUUAUACUAUAAUAUGCCGAUUAAUGUCCUUGGAGCGGUUCUUCUUGAAGGACCUCAAGUGAUUCCUGGAUGGGAGCUUAUCAAAACUUAUGCACCAGCAGUGGCCGUGGUAGGUGCUAUCAAGUACUACUUUGGAGGCAGUUCCAACAUUUGGGAGCGUGACAUGCAUGGUAGAGUGUUUAUGAUCACAGGAGGCACAUCAGGGGUUGGUGCGCAGGUUGCUUUCCAAUUAGCAUCACAGGGUGCACAGAUAGUCUUGCUUGUACGGAAAGUCGAAGACCAGUGGCUUAUAGAUUAUAUUGAAGAUAUGAGAGAACGUACCAAUAACUUUUUAAUUUAUGCUGAAGAAUGUGAUUUAGCUAGCUUGCAUUCUGUUAGAAAGUUUGCCACCAAAUGGUUAGACAAUUCUCCUCCUCGAAGAUUAGAUGGGGUAGUUUGUUGUGCUGCAGAAUCAAUUCCUCCAUACAAACCCAGACAAGUUACUACUGACGGGUUGGAAAGACAAAUGGGUGUCAAUUAUGUGUCUCAUUUCCAUUUGCUUACCUUAUUGGGACCAGCUCUUCGUGUCCAACCCCCUGAUAGAGAUGUUAGAGUCGUUUUGGCUUCUUGUGCCUCUCAAUCAUUAGGAGAACUUGAUUUAGAAGAUCCAUUAUGGCAAACAAGAAGAUAUCCUACUAAUAAACCAUUAUCUGUUUAUGGUACAUCUAAACUUUUAUUGGGAUUAUUUGCUAAAGAAUUCCAAAAUCAACUUGAUGAAUAUGAAAGAAAGGAUAAAGCUCCUUGUAAUGUCCGUCUAGUUACUGCCAACCCUGGGAUUUUAAGAACACCUUCUACUCGUAGAUUCUUAUCCUUAGGUUCAGUUUGGGGUCUUAUCCUUUAUUGGAUUCUUUUCCCAAUUUGGUUUAUCUUUUUAAAAAGUGCUUAUGAAGGUUCCCAACUGAUUAUGUAUGCUCUUUCAGCAAAAGAUUUAGCUAAAAUGCAAGGUGCUCAACAUAUUCAAGAAUGUCGAAUUGUGAAGUCUUCACGUAAGGAAUUAUUUGAUGAGGAAUUACAAAAGCAAUACUUUCAAGCAACUGAGAAAAAAAUUGAAGAAGUUGAAAGACAAUCAGCAAAGCAAAGAGCAAUGAAUGCACCACCAAAGGAAAAGAAAGAUAAAAAGGAAAAAACUGGGAAAGAAGAUGUUGCUACGAAUUUGUCCACAAGUCUGAUCCAAGAAGAUGUAUACACGAUGCCAAAAACCCCAGAGGAACUCGAAGCAAAGCUAAACAUACUUCGUAAGGAUCUAGCAUCGGCUGCUACAAAAAAGAGAAAGGGUAAAAAGGCUUAGUAAAUAGAGUAUUGGUAAAGAAAAAAAAAAAAAUAAAAAACAAAAAAGAAUUAUAACAAAGAGUAGAGAUUUGACAGUAGAGAUCGUGGAAUAUUUACCGGUAGAGAUUUGAUAUGAAAUUUAUUUUAUGGUUUCCAUUUCAAAAU